AUGGCAUGGAAGGUUCCAAUCAUCUUCCCUCCCGAUGUGGACGAGGCCAACUUCUCAGAGGAGGUGGAACAAGCUGCUGGAGACGUGUACUUUACUGAGGAGGAGAUUGUUGGUUGGACAGGAACACAGGCCGUCCGUUGGAUCCUCAACGCGGGCCAUGCCUUCGAGGUGCUGGGACUGCGACCGAAGAAAUUUGGCAACGCCUUGUUGAGACGGCGCUUUUUGAGAUUGUCGCUCCUGACUCACCCAGACAAGAAUCCGCACGAGGAAGCUGCAUCGGCAUUUCGAAAACUCUCGGACAGCAUGAGGGUUUUGACGAGCGAGAAUGGACAAGAAGAUCUCCUGCAAAGCCUCUUCCCAGGGCCGGCAGCUGCCGAGGCAGAUGGCCAUCUCAAGACCAGGAAGAACCAGGAACCUAACAGCCACACGUGCUACAAGGGGCGAGAGAUGGACCAGGACAUGGAUCCCGAAGAUGCUGCAGAGGCAGAUCGGGAGCACUCUGACUUUGCCAAGCGUCGUCGUAGUCUGUCAGAGAUCUUGCAGGCGCAGAAGCGACAGAAUCUGGGAAGGCGACCAGGGAAGGCCAAAGUUGCCACAAUACCCAACAAGAAGGCAAAGGGAGCUUGGGGACUGCCAGAACACUGUCUGCCACCUGAGAAUCAAGAAGGCAGAGGCAGUGCAGCCAACCCGCAGAUUCUUUGGAGGUUUGCUGGGCUCCAGGCCCUGUCGGCCAACGGCUGGCAGCGCCUGGAGAGCCGCAGCCGCCCCGGCAGGCUGCGGCCCCGUGGCGGAUCUGGUUUGAUGGUUGGAACGGUUCUACUUCUUGCAUACCGCGCCAUGAGCUUAAAGAAAUCUGCAGAUCAGAAAUCUGGAGAUCCCCAACUAUUUGCAGGUGAAGCAGUUGCUCAAUGCACUCUAUGA